GCUCUUCACCUUCUUUUAUGUUUUCCUCGGCGUUUCGUCACACUACCGCCACUAGUUCCGUCUCCCCCCGUCUCCCACUGCAUGGGUAUAAGUAAAGGGCUGCUGCUUCCUCGUCUCUCCUUCAACAAUUCAUACCCCGCAAUCUGCAGAUACAAAUCAACUUUCUUUAAAAACAUCAACUCUGUUCACGCACAUCCAUGGACACAAUGAACGCAGCAAUGUCAGGUGCGGCUCAGUCCGUUGCAGACGCAGCACAAACCGUCCACGCAUCUACUCCAACGAGCGGAGCAGGAACACCUCUGAUGAACCUGGCCACCUAUCUCCUCUACAUUGAAUGUGCACUGAUCAUUUUGUUGAGUGUGCCCGUAUACGUUCCCUACCGCAAGCAAUUGAUGGAGUGGAUUCAUUAUUCACCAAGCCUUUGGAAAUUCCGGGUCAUUAUAUUUUGCAUUAAUGCUUUCGUGGCUGUUUACUCGGCGACACAUACCUCCGCCUCAAUCGCGUCACGCACCAAAUUGCAGCAAUUCAAGCUGCCCAUGCACAAGCUGUCACUGGAAUCCCGACCGCUGGCGCUACUAUGGCAAAAGCAGCUGGAUCUCUUGCCGGAGCAACAACGGGCUCCCCCAUCGACGCGAGUAGCCACAUCGCCAACCUAAACGAUCUUUACACCGCCCGAUUCCGUGGUCAACGUGACUUUUAUAUCCUCGCCUUCACUCUUUUCUGCUCAACAGUUCUCUACCAACUUCAUAUGCUACUCAUCAAGAUGGACAAGUACCGUUUGCAGCGCAACGAAUUGCGAAGCAAAAUGUCGCCGCGCAAAGAUUCAGCCUCCUCAUCAAGCAAGACAACGGGUGUUGUAGAGGGGCUUUCAAAGACCGUCAAAGAGGCAAGCAGUAAGGUUGUAGACAAGGUUGACGCCAUUCUGCAUCACGGUGCGGCGACCGCUGCCAAUGGCACUUCUCCUGCGAUAGGAGCCGCUCCAGCAGAACCCGGUGUUGCUCAAAAGCGUACUGUUUUUGUAACGAAGGAGGAAUGAAGAAUGGGGAUGAGUGGGAAGGAAGGUUUUAAUUUUGUUCUUGAAUUGUGAAGUUUGUUGUGAAUUAAUUUUCCUGUCAAUAUAAUUGUCAACCUUUUUAUUC